AUGGAAACGAUUAAAACCAAAAUUCAGAAUACAUUCUCACCAGUACCAAAGGAACAUAGCGUCGAAAAGGUAGAAAGUCAACAUUUAAAGGAUACUGGAAAGAUUCUAAAGAAUGAUUACUCUGAACUAUUGGGAAGAACAAAUAGAUGGAUCAAUGCUAUUCAUGGUAUGAAUAUAAUAUUUUCUUUUUUAACUCCUUUUAUUUAUAAUUUUCCAACAGAUUUUCAAUAUAAAUGGGAGACUCUAUCCUAUAUGAUCAAGAAUUUUGCAAGUGAUGAAUACAAAGAUUCACAUUCCUUCCUCAGAAUUGCAGAGAUUCAACAUGAAUUACAAUUACUCCUAACUCCUAUCAUUCAAACAACAAAAUCUGGCUUGUGGUCUGAAGUUGAAAGAAUUUAUAAAGGUGAUGUUACUUUAUUAAAGAAAAUGCAAUCAAGAAUUCAGAUUUCACAAUCAAAAGCUGAUCAUGCCAAUAGUAGAUACAUAAAGUAUUGUCAAAAGAACAAAAAUAAUGAAAAGUUAUUAAAAUUGCAAAGAGAAAGAGAUAUAGCAGUUCAAGAAUAUGAUCAACAAUACAAACAAUAUAAUGAUUUGAUUAUCAGUUUGGAAUAUCAAAGUGAUGGAUGUUUGGUUGAAUACAUUCAAAGUUUACUCUUGGAAUUACAAGCGUUCUUUGCCAAGGGAUUUGCCAUCAUGAAUCAAUACUAUCUAAGGGAAAUGCCAACUCUUGAAAACAAGGCACCUCUAAGAACUGCACAAGAUGUUAAACCCGCCGGUCCAGUUAUGAAAUCAACUCUAUUUGAUAAGAGCACCACCACCACUACCACUACCGGUGGACGAGUUACAACCAUCGAGGAAACCACACAAAAGGUCAUUUCCAGUGCACCUCCAUCAUCUGCCCCAUCGUUGAAUAUGCCAGCUCAAGUAUUCUCUCCAACGACCUCACCAUUUAUAACAUCUAGUUCAGCACCUGUUAUCAUGUCACCACAGAUUAAAUCAAGUAUCAAUACUACACCUCUUACAUGGUCAAGAAUUAGUGCAGAGAGACCACCAUCCCCAUUGCUUCUAUCACCAUCCACCACCACUACAGUCGUAGGAAAAGAUGGUCAAACCAAAACAACUACGGUAUUCACAUCAGAACCAGCUAGUACAAUCACAAUGAUAUCAUCACCUCCAAUCACUCACAAGAACGAAACAGUAGAAGUAAAAGAAGAAACAGAGUCAGUACAAGUAAAAGAAAAUACAACAGUCACUGGCAACAAAAUGGAAAUUGAAAAAGAAACAACAGAAGUAAAAGAACAGAUCACCCAACAAAACAAUAACAAACAUAAUAACCAACAACACAACCAAAACAAAAAGAAAAAGAAAUCAAGAAACAACAGAAAACAUCACUAA